AUGUCCUGCGGAGGUGCCACCACGGUGUCCUUGGAGGUGCCACUGGUGUCCUGCGGAGGUAGCUGCUCCCAUGGUGUCCUGCGGAAAGAAGCACCCUGCAGACCUACCACAGAGCUACUCCCCACGGUGACCUGCGGAGAGGUGCUCCCAGUGACCUGUGGUGGUACUCCCACGGUGUCCUGCAAAGGUGCUCCACGGUGUCCUGUGGAGAGGUGCUCCCACGGUGUCCUGCGAAGACCCAAAGUAGGUCCAGCCACUAAGACCCAAAGUAGGCCCAGCCAUAAGACCCAGCAGGCCCAGCCACAAGACCCAGUAGGCCCAGCCACAAGACCCAAAGCAGGCCUACAGCCACAAGACUCCAAAGCAGGCCCAGCCACAAGACCCAAGCAGGCCCAGCCACAAGACCCAAAGCAGGCUCCAGCCACAAGACCCAAAGCAGGCUCAACCAGGAGACCCAAAGCAGAUCCAGCCACAAGACCCAAAGCAGGCAGCCGCAAGACUCCAAGAGACCCAAAGCAGGCCGCAACCAGGAGACCCAAAUCAGGCCCAACUAGGAGACCCAAAGCAGGCCCAGUCACUAAGACCCAAAGCGGGCCUCAGCCACAAGACCCAGCAGGCCCAGCUGCAAGAACCCAAAGCAGUCUCAACCAGCAGAGAACCCAAAGCAGGCCCAAGCAGAGACCCAAAGCAGGCCCAACUAGGGAGACCAAAGCAGGCCCAGUCACAAGACCCAAAGCAGGCCCAGCCGCAAGACCCAAAGCAGUCUCAACCAGCAGAGAACCCAAAGCAGGCCUAAUCAGCAGAAGACCCAAGACAGGCCCAACCAGCAGAAACCCAAAGCAGGCUCAACCAGCAGAGGACCUAAAGCAGGCCCAACCAGCAGAAGACCCAAAACAGGCCCAACCAGCAGAAGUCCCAAAACAGGCCCAACCAGCAGAGAACCCAAGCAGGCCCAACAUGAAGACCAGCAGGCCCAACCAGCAGAAGACCCAGCAGGCCCCAACUGCAAGACCCAAAAGCAGGCCCAACCACCAAGACCCAAAGCAGGCCCAACAUGAAGACCAAAGCAGGUCCAACCAGCAGAAGACCCAAAAUAGGCCCAACCAGCAGGAGAACCCAAAGCAGGACCCAAAGCAGCCCAACAUGAAGACCCAAAGCAGGCCCAACAUGAAGACCCAAAGCAGGCUCCAACAUGAAGACCCAGCAGGCCCAACCAGCAGAAGACUCAAACAGGCCCAACCAGCAGAGGACCUAAAGAAGUCCCAACCAGAGGACCCAAAACAGGCCCAACAACCAGAUGACCCAAAGGUGCAGCAGCAGUAA